CGUUUUUAAAUGUCGUCAUGUCCGGCGGCUUUACGCGCGUCUCAUGUGUCUGAGGCAGAGGCGGAGGCAGUCAUGGCAGACGAGAAGCCAAAGGAGGGUGUGAAAACAGAGAAUGACCACAUAAAUCUGAAAGUAGCCGGGCAGGAUGGCUCAGUGGUUCAGUUCAAAAUCAAGAGGCACACACCCCUCAGCAAACUGAUGAAAGCAUAUUGUGAGAGACAGGGGCUAACAAUGCGGCAGAUUCGGUUCCGGUUUGAUGGGCAGCCAAUUAAUGAGACUGACACUCCAGCUCAGUUGGAAAUGGAGGAUGAGGAUACAAUUGAUGUAUUUCAGCAACAGACAGGGGGCCUGAUGUAAAUGACUACCUCUGCCCUCCAUCAUCACAGUCCUCCCUGUUUCCUGUUCUUUUUCUCUUUAUAAGAUUAGGCUGACCUCCCCCCUCAUUGCCAGAAGCUUGCCUAAAAUGCCCAUCAGCUCUCGCAAGUCAGAUGAAUGAUGUUGUAAACAUAUUGAUGUAUUUCAUCAGAUGUGAACCUAAGAGUGUUUAAGACUAAAAUGCUUUUGAUCAGUGAUCAGAUCUUUUUUUUUUGGUUUGGUAUAUAGAAUUUUGGUCCGUGUCAGUGCUAAAGUACUGUUUUGUUUGCUCUGAGCCAUUGGACUUUUUAUAUAUAUUUUAUAUAUGUUGAUGUAUUUCUCUUUUGAACUCAGGCCAAUUUUAUUCAGUAACUUGUGUUGUGAAAUUAAAUGUUGAUAAGAUUUUGUGUUGGAAUAAAACCAUUUUACAAAA